AUGAAGUGGGCCAAUACAUAUUUAACAAUAUUCAUACCUCUAAUAGGCUUGAUAAGCUGUUCACUCAAUGACGAAGACUUUUUGUGUGGAUAUUCGUCCUGUCCAACGACCAAAGAAGGUUACAUAAACAUCCAUCUCGUACCUCAUAGCCACGAUGACCUAGGAUGGGUCAAGACAAUCGACCAAUAUUAUUACGGAGUGCAUACACCCGUGUCCAACGUAGGGGUGCAAUACAUUUACGACAGCGUAUUGAAUUCGUUAUCAAGACGCACGGACAGAAGGUUUAUCUUUGUCGAGACAGCAUACUUUUGGAAAUGGUGGACGGAGCAAGACGAAGUGACGCGAACCGACUUCGCAGAGCUGGUAAAAAGGGGUCAGCUGGAAUUUGUAAGUGGCGGGUGGUCGAUGAAUGACGAGGCUACCACGAACUACCAGUCCAUAAUCGACCAAAUGUCUUGGGGAUUACGGAGAUUAAAUGACACAUUCGGGAAAUGUGCUCACCCGAAAGUUGGUUGGCAAAUUGAUCCGUUUGGUCAUAGCAACGAAAUGGCGUCAAUAUUUGCAAGUCUCGGCUUCGAUGGCGUAUUUUUGGGAAGAAUAGAUUACCAGGAUAGAGCUUUUAGGACAUAUUAUGAGACGAUGGAAUUCGUUUGGAGAUCAAGUCAGAGCUUGGGCGCAUCUAGCGAUAUCUUUACCAGCGUGCUCUAUGACCUUUACGUUGCCCCCACUGGUUUCUGCUUCGACGUCGAGUGCGAUGACCAGCCGAUCAUUGAUGAUAUAGAGAGUCCGGAAUACAAUUUACAUACAAGAGCGCAGAAUUUUACUGAUCUCGCAUUCCAAAGACUGCUUAGCUACUCAACCAGUAACGUGUUGAUACCGAUGGGAAACGAUUUUGCAUAUCAAGAUGCUGAGAUGUGGUACAAAAAUAUAGACAAACUCAUAAGAUAUAUCAACAACAAUACGUUUGGAGGCUAUCAGUACAACGUGAUGUAUUCCACUCCGUCUUGUUAUGUAAAAGCAGUUCACGAAGAGACAAAAGGGAUUAUUUAUUCCGGCCUCAACACCUUCGACUUUUUCCCGUAUGCCUCCAAUCCGUAUGCAUUUUGGGUCGGUUGUUACACUUCCAGACCAGCAAUCAAGAGAUUUGAAAGAAUGGGCAACAAUUUCUUGCAGAUUUGCAAGCAGCUGUCUGCACUGUCAAACCAAAAGGAGACGGAAAAAUUGAAUAACUUGAGAGAAGCAAUGGGCAUUAUGCAACAUCAUGACGCGAUUACUGGAACAGAAACCCAAAAUGUUACGUUUGACUAUGCCAGAAUUUUGGAUAAUGGUUUAAGUGACUGCCGGGAAGUAGCAAAUGAUGCCUUGCGGGAACUUACGAAAGCAGUUCAUAGUAAGUUCACUACGUGCCCCUUAACGAAUAUUAGUCAGUGUUAUCAAUCUGAAGCAGCCAAAAGCUUAGUUAUUACUGUUUAUAAUCCUCUGGAGAGGAAUGUCACUAAAUAUGUACGGCUACCAGUUACUGGAAGGGCAUAUCGCGUUAGAGAUCCUUCUGGUAAUGAAUUGCCUGUCCAAUUAUUACCAAUAUCAUCCGCGGUAUUGAAUAUACCGGGAAGAGUUAGUGAUGCAACCCUAGAGUUGAUUUUCCCAGCAUACGAUGUUCCCGCCUUGGGAUAUAGGUCCUAUUUUAUGGAAGUGAUCGAAGAUGAAGAUAGAGUGACACCAGUAGGCGUUAGCUCGAAAUACUUCAGUACUAACAUGGGCGUUGAUUUCGAUAUCAACGAAUUCGGAUUUAUCGGAAAAAUCUAUAAGGACAAUUUGACAAUGCAGCUGAAGCAAACUUUCCAAGCAUACAAGGGUUCAACUAACAAUUCCGAAGGUGUAUCAGGGGCAUAUUUAUUCAACCCCAUCACAAGUGAGCCGGAUUAUAUCAUUGGAGAUGCUGACGGAGUAGUAUAUAAUGGCGAGCUAAUCACAGAAAUACAUCAACGGUUCAACGCUUGGUUAAGUCAAGUGAUACGAUUCUACGACAACGAAAACUUCAUAGAAUUUGAUUGGAUCGUUGGUCCAUUGCCGACAAACGUCACUCACGGUACCGAGGUCAUAAGUAAGUUCACCACCAACUUAAAAUCAGACUCCAUCUUCUAUACGGAUUCUAACGGACGCGAAAUGAUGAAACGUAUCCGGAAUCACAGACCGACUUGGAAUUUCUCCACCAUCCUCCAACCACCUCCUUCGAACUACUAUCCUGUGACUUCAAAAAUUGUUAUCGAAGAUGUUGAGGAAAAUAUCCAACUGGCCGUUUUAACUGAUCGGGCGCAGGGAGGAUCGAGUUUGAAAGACGGAGAAAUUGAAUUAAUGAUACACAGAAAUACUUUGGUGGACGAUGUACUGGGAAUGGGCGAGCCGUUGUUGGAAUACGCUCAUAAUCAAUCUUUAGUCGUUAGGGGGUCUCAUUACGUUUUGUUUGAUACUAAGAACAACAUUUUUGAACAACGCAAAAUCGCUCAGGCGAAACUUCUAGAUUCAUGGGUAUUCAUAUCCUCGCCUGAAGAAUAUUCUUUGGAAGAAUACAGACAGAAGUUUUCCAUGGAAUUUUCAGCGCUACAAAAUUCGUUACCCGACAACGUCCACAUCUUAACCUUAGAACCUUGGAGAGAAUCCACUUUGCUGCUGAGACUGGAACAUAUAUUCGCCAAAGACGAAGACCCGUUGCUGUCGCAACCUGUUACAGUCAAAUUGAAUGAAGUUUUCGCGGCUUUCAAUAUAGUGGAGGCGAAAGAAGCUACUCUAGGGGCCAAUCAAUGGUCAGAAGAAUCCGAAAGGCUCAAAUUUGCCACUCCUGAUGGCGAAGACGUUUUCACGGAAUCUGAAGCCGGCAUCGUAGAGUUGAAUGGAGAGCUUAGCGUUUUAUUAAAUCCUAUGCAGAUACGCACUUUUAUACUCGCUGUAGUAUCCAAAUAAAUAUUGUAUGAUUAUCCAUUUCAAUUUAUAGAGCGUGU